UGUGAAUAAGUCUCUCAAGACUCUAAAGAUUCUCUGAUCGAUCAUGGCUAUUGUCGAAGUUGACAAAGCUGAGGAUCUUGCAUUAGCUCAAGCUCACGUAUGGAAAUACAUAUUUAAUUUCAUCAACUCAAUGGCUCUAAAGUGUGCCUGUGAUCUAGGCAUACCAGAUGUGAUCGCCAACCAUGGCGGUCGCCCGGUGACCCUCACUGAUCUAGCCACCGCCCUUUCCAUUCCAGCCGUUAAAACAGAUUGCCUGCGUCGUCUGAUGCGCAUACUUGGCCACAACGGCUUCUUUGUAAGGCAAACCAAUGGAGAGGGAGGAGAGGGAGGAGAAGAGACUUAUCUUCUCACUCCCUCUUCGAAACUCCUGGUUAAGGAUAAUCCCUUAAACCUAUUGGAUUUCAUGGAAGAGGAACUACACCCUGUCUUUGUAUCAUCUUGGCAUUAUUUCAGUGAAUGGUUUAAAACCGCAGAACAAAGACUAUUUAAGAUGGCUCAUGGAGUGAGUCUUUGGGAAUACAAUAGCCAACACCCUGAGAUGAACACUGUGUUCAACGCAGGUAUGGCUUCUGAUGCUCGUUUCUUGAUGAAUGUAGUGGUUCGUAAGUGUCCUGAGGUUUACCAAGGCCUCAAUUCCCUCGUCGACGUCGGUGGAGGUACCGGAACCGCUGCUCGUAUCAUCGCCGAGGCCUUCCCUAACGUCAAGUGCUCUGUGUAUGACCUCCCACAUGUGGUGGCUACUUUGCCUAAGAACGAUAUCAUCCAAGGCAUCGGAGGGAGUAUGUUUGAAUCCAUCCCAUCCACUCAUGCAGUCCAGCUCAAGUGGGUUCUACAUGAUUGGAGCGACGAGGAGUGUGUGGUGAUACUAAAGAAUGCGAAGAAAGCGAUACCUUCCAGAGAAGUGGGAGGGAAGGUGAUUAUAUUGGACAUGGUUGUGGUGGAGAAUGCAGAUAAUCUUGAUCUGACUGAGACACAGUUUUUAUUCGAUGUGUUGGUGAUGGUAGAUGUUGGGGGUAAAGAGAGGACUGAGCAAGAAUGGAAGAAGCUUUUCAAGGAAGCUGGUUUUACUGAUUACAAGAUCAAACCUGUUCUUGGCGUUCGGUCUAUUAUUGAGGUUUAUCCAUGAUGAUGAUGAUUUUUAUUUGAAAGUCUG